CAAGGAUUACCGUCAAGCCAGCUCUGCACGCGUGCUUCCACAGAGGGUCUCCUUUAUUUUCUCUCAUGCGUUUUUCUCAGCUCUGUGUUUUUAUCCAUUGAAACAUGCCCCGCUCAUUUUUGGUGAAGAAGAUCAAGCUUGAUGAUUUCUCUUCGUCCAAUGUGGCCACCUCCAAUCAUCAUCACCACCUGGACGACUCGUUCACUUUUGCACGCUCCAUCACAGACUCAGUGACCAGCCUUGGGGUCCGUCUUAGUGAGAAUGGCUACAUCCAGGAUUACAUCACGCCAUCUGUAUACCAGGAGGAGAAGAAGAUGGAGCACAAGCUGGCCUCGCCGGUGUCAGACCCCCUCUACACUCAGGUGAGCAGUGGAGGGGAGUACUGCGACCCCGACCUGAAGCACCCCGACAGCCCGCAGUCUGGCAUGACGGCCAGCGGCUUCUACAGUGGUGAAUCAGAGGCCCUGGCCGAGGGUUACACCAUGGAUGCCUUCUUCAUCUCUGACGGGCGAUCGAGGCGGAAGGCAGACAGCGAGAGUCGGGGAGGGGGCUCUAGAAGCAGCAGCGCCAACGGCGGGGCUCAGGAGAGAGGGGUAGCCGGCACGGCUCGCCACACCUGCAACGAGUGUGGCAAGACGUACGCCACCUCUUCCAACCUCAGCAGACACAAGCAGACGCACCGCAGCCUGGACAGCAAGAUGGCCCGCAAGUGUCCCACCUGUAACAAAGUGUACGUGUCAAUGCCUGCGCUGGCCAUGCACAUCCUCACCCACGACCUCAAGCACAAGUGCGAUGUGUGCAGCAAGGCCUUCAGUCGGCCGUGGCUCCUCCAAGGUCACAUGCGCUCGCACACGGGGGAGAAACCCUUUGCCUGCGCGCACUGUGGCAAAGCCUUUGCUGACCGUUCAAACCUCCGCGCCCACAUGCAAACACACUCUGCCUUCAAGCACUACCGAUGCAAGCGCUGCAAUAAGACCUUCGCUCUCAAGUCCUACCUGAACAAGCACUAUGAGUCAGCUUGCUUCAAGGGCUCUGCAGACGAAGACGACUCUGGAUCAGAAAACUAACAGCGAAGAAGAAGCUAAAUUUUGAACCUCUGUUUGUCGGUUCACAACCAAUAACCCUGUUCACUCUGCCCUCCAUGCCUUUUUUCUUCCCUUUUUUUAGAAAGCAAUAUUUUCACUGAGAUUACGUGAAGAAACUCUAAUGAUUAUGGCAAAGACAAUUUCAAAAGAUGCUGGAUUUUUUCCCUGCACAGUAGCUAAUCGUCCACAGAAACAUACAAUCAAACAACCUUCCCCCAAAUAGAGACUGUAGAUGAUAGUUGUACACAAUUAAGCAACAUGUGCUUGCACGGAUGUGGGCACAUGUAUACACACAUACUAACAGACGCACACAGACAUGCACGCACACUCCACAAAAACACAGAAAUGUACGCACGUGUGCACACACUUACACACACAAUUAUAUAUGAGGCCUGGCAUGUGAAUUUUUAUCAAUGACUAUAAUGAUAUUGAUAUCAAUAGUAAUAAUAUUUAGAUUCCUGAUAUUUUAUAGGAAAUAGUAAAGAGAAAAUGAAAAAAAAAAAACACACACAAAAAAGGACUUACAGUGUUCUUUUGUUUUUUAGAGACAAAAUGACCUCUUGUAUUUUUAUGCUGCUUUUUAUUUGCUAAGAAUUGAAUUCUUUUGCAACUGCCAACAUGAACUUUUUAUGAAAAUGUGAACUAUGACAGUAUUUGCAAAAAAGGGAGAUCAUUUUCAAAAGGUAAAAAGACAAACCCUUUUUUCACACCAAUGUUUCAAUUCAACGGAUGUUAUUUUUCUAUUUGAUUUUUCUAAAUUUAUUUUUUUGUGCUUAUUAUCCCUUG